AUGAAGCUAUUUCUGAAACGGGAAGACACCAAUUUCGAAGCUAAAGACGCUGAAAUGGGGCGAACGGCGCUCUCCUGGGCGGCCGGGGCUGGAUAUGAAGGAAUAGUAAAGCUCCUUCUGAAUCAGGAAAGG